GCAGUUGACGGCGCUCGGAAACCACUGCGGAACGCGGGUUUCUGAGGGCGCUGCAGCAGCAGAAUGGGCGGCGGCGGCGGGAAGCGUAAGCCCGGCGGGGAGGGGCAGCAGUGUGAAAAGGCAGUUGAUGUGAAGAAGAGUAAAUCCUGUAAAGCUGAUGUCUCCAGUGAUCUUCGAAAAGAAGUUGAAAAUCAUUAUAAGCUUUCUCUACCUGAAGAUUUCUAUCACUUUUGGAAGUUCUGUGAAGAACUUGAUCCUGAAAAGCCAGCUGACUCACUUUCUGCAAGCCUUGGACUUCGAUUAGUGGGUCCUUAUGAUAUCCUUGCUGGAAAGCAUAAAGCAAAGAAAAAGUCAACAGGUUUGAAUUUUAACCUUCACUGGAGGUUUUACUAUGAUCCUCCUGAAUUCCAGACCAUUAUUAUUGGAGAUAAUAAAACUCAGUAUCACAUGGGGUAUUUCAGGGAUUCUCCUGAUGAACUUCCAGUAUAUGUUGGUAUAAAUGAAGCAAAGAAAAAUUGUACAAUUGUUCAAAGUGGAGAUAAUGUAUUUGCUGCAGUAAAAUUAUUUUUGAUGAAAAAACUUAAAGAAGUAACAGAUAAAAAGAAAACUAGUCUCUUGAAAAACAUAGAUGAAAAACUUACAGAAGCAGCCAAAGAACUUGGGUACUCACUGGAACAGAGAACCAUGAAGAUGAAGCAGAGGGAUAAGAAAGUUGUGACGAAGACCUUUCAUGGUGCAGGCUUGGUGGUUCCAGUAGAUAAAAAUGAUGUUGGAUAUAGAGAACUCCCUGAAUCAGAUGCUGACCUCAAGAGAAUUUGCAAGGCAAUUGUUGAGGCCACAAGUGAUGAAGACAGACUAAAAGCUUUUGCUCCCAUUCAGGAAAUGAUGACCUUUGUGCAGUUUGCUAAUGAUGAAUGUGACUACGGCAUGGGGCUUGAGCUGGGAAUGGAUCUCUUUUGCUAUGGUUCACAUUAUUUUCAUAAAGUUGCUGGUCAGCUUUUACCUCUUGCAUAUAAUUUGUUGAAGAGGAAUCUAUUUGCAGAAAUUAUUGAAGAUCAUCUGGCAAACAGAAGUAAAGAGAACAUAGAUCAACUUGGAGCAUGAGAGAGAGUUAGCUUUGUUUAGUGUAUAUCAUUUGUUGGUACUAGUAUUAAAACUUGUGAUUUUUUUUUUUUUUAAGGAAAACUGAAAAUAAACUGAUGGAAACAUUUAGUAAAAACUUUCAUAAGGUUCUUCUGACCUGGUUUUCUUUCAUGUAAAAAUAAAUGGCAAUCGUAUCUAAAUGGUGACACUCUAAUCACAGUUUAGAAGACAACACAAGUCAGCCUCUGACAUGUCACAGAAAGUCACUGUCUACUACUUAUGGAUAAGCAGAUCAUCCUUUCCCUUCAGGUAGUACUGGUUCAAUAUUUAUCAUUUCCUCUGAAUCUUGAGUUAAUAGUAACUAUAGCUUUUAUGUCUGAGUUUAUGGGGUAAGAAGGGGAACA